AUGUCUAUUCGCCAGGCAGACGAUCCCUACCAAUCAUCGACAUUUGGAAAGUCGUUGACAUUGAAAGUUGAUGGUGGUUUCAAUGCCAUUUCCAUAAACCCUUCGGCGAGAGAUGUAGUGCUGGCAAGUCGGCAAGGUCUUUAUAUUAUAGAUCUUGAUGACCCUUUCUCCCCACCUCGAUGGCUGCAUCAUGAAACCCCAUGGCAAGUAGCAGAUGUUCAGUGGUCACCACAUCCGGCUAAGCCUUAUUGGAUUGUAUCUACAUCAAACCAGAAAGCAAUUAUAUGGAAUUUAACGAGGUCGUCAUCAAAUGCAAUCGAAUAUGCGUUACAUGGACAUACCAGGGCCAUCACAGAUAUUAAUUUUAAUCCACAACAACCAGAUAUUCUAGCAACAUGUUCUGUAGAUACAUAUGUUCAUGCAUGGGAUUUGAGAAGUCCUAAACGACCUUUUUAUUCUACAAGUCCUUGGAGAUCUAGUGCAUCACAGGUGAAAUGGAAUUUUAAAGAUUCAAAUAUUUUGGCAUCCUCACAUGAUAAUGAUGUAUUCAUUUGGGAUCUCCGAAAUGGUUCAACACCUUUGUCAAAAUUAGAGGGUCAUCAAAGUAGUGUUAAUAGUAUAGAUUUUAAUCGAACUAGAGGUUCUGAGAUCAUGUCAAGCUCAAACGAUGGUACUGUCAAAUUUUGGAAUUACCAAAGUGGUGGCAGUACCGAAUCAACGAGAACAGUUAGAACGGAUUUUCCAAUUUGGAGGGGCAGGUACCUUCCUUUCGGUAAUGGUUACUGUGUUAUGCCAAUGGUUGGCGGAGAAAACUCAGUGUAUAUGAUGAGUCUAGAACAGUCCAAUGAUGAUGCUGGUGAAACUAAAAGCAAUAACAGUAGCAGUAAUUCUACAAAAUUACAGCCUAUAUAUACUUUUAAGGGGCACUCUGAUAGAGUUAUUGAUUUUCUUUGGAGAUCUCGACAUUCUUAUGAUACGAUGGUUGAUGAUAGAGAAUUUGAAUUGGUGACAUGGUCAAAAGAUUGCAGUUUAAGGUUAUGGUCUAUGUCUGACAUACUAUACGAUAAAGUGAAUUUCGAAAGAAACAAGAGGUUAGAAGAAAAACUUCCGAACUACGAAUAUAUGACAUAUAAUAGGGAGGUUCAUGAUACAAUGAAUUCAGAUGACAACGAGUAUAAGAGGAUUAAAGAAACGUUCGUUACAACAUCAGGGCUGAAAAAUAUGAAUAAUAUUGACCAUUUAAAUUGGCUUUCCGGUGUCCGAAUGAAUGAUCAACAUACGCCAGAUGAUUUAUUUGAACAACCAAAACUUCAUAAUUUAGGAGAGGAAGUUAGUGCUAUAGGUCAUAAAUUCCCCAAGGUUGUCUUUGAGAAGAUAUCUGUUUCCACCGGUGAGAUAUUAUUAACUUUAAAUGGUCCUUGGUCAGAAAAUAACCCAGAUGAAUACAUUUUUUUGAGAAUUGAAAUCAAUGUUCCAGCACAUUAUCCCCAUAGAGGAAAUCCCCCAAUGUUUAAUAUUGAAGAGAACGGCAAUUUGACAGAUGCAACAAAACAAGAAAUAUUGACCCAAUUAAAUGAAAUUGGGAAAGUAUAUACAGAUGAAGAUUUAUACUGUUUGGAGCAAUGUCUCCAUUAUUUGCUUGGAGAAAAAGUUAAUAUGGAUCUGAAUGAUAAUAUUAAUGAGCCUCUCUUUUUUCUCGAUGUUGCUAAUAGCGUCAAUUUUGAUGAAUUCUCUUCGAUGUCUGAGUCAAUCGAGUCUGUAGAGUCCACUGAAUCAUCUAUGGAUUCCGGCAAUAACGUGUUUACAAAUACGUUUGAUGAAAGUCCUGAGACAAGAAAUACAUUUGGGAGAAAUCUUGCAUUCGAUUCAACACCAGUUCCCAACGAAUGUGGUGCAAUAUGGACUCCAAGUGGUAAGUUACUAUGUUUCUUUUCAACCGAAAAUAAACCUGAUAGGAAACAAAAACAUUUUCUCAAACUAACCAGAGAUAAUUUGAUGAUAAAGGAUGAACCAAAACAGGAGACAAGAGUUUUAUAUGAUGAUGAUCAAAUAGAGUACCAAAAUACUACCAAUAAUAGGCCAAAACGAUAUGUUGAUACAUUUUCAGCUAAUGAUUCGAAAUCGCGCACUACCGAUGUAACUUCUGACAGAGACUCGACAUCAGAUGACAGUUUCGGAAGUUUUGUAGAUGAUUGGAAUGACAUUGUGGGUAACGAUAUUGUGGUAAGAACAAGAAUACCUACAUUAUUGGGAAAUUUCGCCAAAUCUUUUGGGUCAGUUCACUCGGAGAGUGUAAAAACUGGUGAUUCCAGCAGAACCGCAAAGAAUAUCAUCAUUACUAAAGAAUUUUAUUCACUUUUCCAAGAAGAUAAGAGGUUAGCUUUAGAAUAUGAGAUUAUGAAUGAACAUCCGGAUGAAAUGGCAAGGCAUAACGCAUUGGUAGCAGAAAAAUAUGGAUAUGAAGAAAUAAGUCAUUGUUGGCAAAUUUUAUCGGAUCUCCUGUUGGCAGAGCGAGAACAAAGUUUUACCUCCUUUAUAUGGAAUAAUAAUCCUCUGGGUAUCAGAUGGUUUAUUAAAGAAGCAAUCAAGCACUUUGAGAAAGAAAAUAAUAUUCAGAUGUUGGCGAUGUUAUGUUGUGUGGCUGCAAAUCUUUAUAUUUCAAAAAUGAAUCCUGUGGAUAUUUACAAUGUUCAAGAGAGUUAUGAAAGUUUGGUGACGUUCGAAUUAGAUGACGAGCAUGAUCCGUGGCGUAAUGAAGUAUACUCUCAAUUUUCGGUUGGGAAUACUAUACAAUCCCAAAAUGAUUCAUUUAUCAAGUCUAAAUUAUUAUACCCGCACGAUAAUUAUUCUAUUCGAUCAGAUGAGAUGGUAAAUAAUGCAUUACAAACACCAACAGCCAGAAUUGCAAACAAUAGACCUCCAAUGCCUCCUAAACGAAAUUCUAAUAUUGGUUUACAAACGCCAACCCUUCAUCGCGGAAAAGCCGCUCAAGUUAAUAUAGAAUUGAUUGAAGAUGAUGUUCUAGAAUCGUUCAAGAAUCCUGUUGGGAACAUUCCUGACUCAGCUGAUAUAAAGAAGUGCCAACUCUACAUAUAUCAAUAUGCCAAACUUUUAUUUAAGUGGGGACUACCGUAUAAGCGGGUAGAACUACUUAAAGUAAGUAUCCAGGCAAUUACUGAACAUUUUCAUGAGGAAAGUUUUGAUCUCGAGGAUUUGAAUCGGGUAAAUAAUAACACGAUAGAGAUUAGAUGGGUUUCCACAUAUGAUGAUGAUAAAACAGUGGGCAAUUGUAAUUAUUGUAAUUUAAAAAUCAAAGGUAGCAUGUAUGUGUGUGGUGGCUGCCAACAUGUCCUUCACACAGAUUGCGCCAAUGAAUGGUGGGCGAUUGGAAACGAAUGUCCAUCAGGUUGUGGUUGUCAUUGUCCUGAUCAGUAUAACCUGAGCUCUUAA